AUGACAUGUGUGCCCUUGGAUGCAAAGGCAGAGGGAUCUCACAAAGAUGAAGGUGGAGGGCGUGAACAGACAAAAAAUGGAGACAAAGUUGAUUGCAUUGAUAUUUAUAAACAACUAGCAUUUGAUCAUCCUUUACUAAAGGAUCACAAGUUACAGAGAAAACCUAGUUUUCAAAAAUCAAGUAUGAAGAAUUUGGCAACUAAACCUAAUUUUAAACUUGAAAAAGUCAAAUGUCCUAAAGGGUCUAUCCCUGUUCGAAGAACAACAAAAGAAGAUCUCAUUCGAGAAAAACAAUUAUUAAAUAUGAGUAUUUUUGUUAAAGAUAUUCCUGGUGUUCAUCUUGCUGAAUUAGCUCUUUCAUCGAAAUUUAGUCCAUACUAUGGUGUUAGAGGAUAUAACAGCGUUUAUAACCCACCGGUCAGUAAGGGUCAAAUAUCUCUUUCUCAUGUGUGGGUUCAAAAUGGACCCAUAAAUUCUAACAAUAAAAUCACUUUUGGAUGGCAAGUGAGUCCAGAUUUGUAUGGUGACAAUAAAACUCAUAUAUACGCAUCGUGGACGAAAGACAACUUUCACAAGACAGGAUGUUACAAUGUUCGAUGUCCAGGUUUUGUUCAAACCAAUGUCGAAUUUUAUCUUGGUGGAGAUGUCGGAGAUAUAUCUUCUUAUGGUGGACCAGUUUUCGAUUCUAUAUAUUAUAUUACUAUGGACCCAGAAACAAAAAACUGGUGGAUUCAUACAACUGGUGAAGAUAUUGGAUAUUAUCCUGCAAAGAUAUUCUCUAACUUGACUUCGGCGGAUAAAGUAGGGUGGGGUGGAAGAACAUUGACUCGUCAUGGUUCUCCCAGCCCUCAAAUGGGAUCUGGACAUUUUCCUGAUAAAAACCUUUAUCAUGCAUGUUAUUUCAGAACUAUUUAUUUUGAAAAUGCAUCUAGAAUAAAGUAUGGACCGAAAAGAUAUCAAACAGAAAAGUACGUUGACAAACCUAAAUGUUAUGACCUUACGUACUACGGCAAUGUUCAUGGCAUUGGUGGAUAUAUGCUCCAAUUUGGAGGACCUGGUGGUAAGUGUGAUGAUUGA